GAAGAGUAAACAAAGUGGGGGGCAAAAUAAAGUUGUUAUCCAUACAGUUCAAGUCCCGCAGUCUAUUUGAGAGAGUCCAAGAAUUCUUUUACUUUCUCCGGUGAUCCAAAGUUAUAAACGGAUCCUCCACGGCUGAAGCGCAGCGUUGCCGGAUAUCACAUGGAGUAUUUAAUAUUUAAGUCUCUCAGACGCUUCUUCACCUCAUCGAAUGCCCUCCUCUUGUGAACCACGACUGGAGAGAAGUCCUGAAAUAGUAUUAUCUUGGAACCUUUGUACAUCAUGGCCUGGGGAUCCUUCCCCAGCACUCUGGAGGACUUUAGGAGCAUUUGUUUUGCUUUAUAACAUUGAAGUCAAACUAGAACCAGGCCGGGGGCUUUGUUCCGACCAGGGCCUAUGCACAGCGACCCGGGCCUGUGCACAGCAACCCGGUGGGCCCGCUCCAGCCGCACCCAGCCCAGUUCCCGACUCCAACUUCAAUAAUUAUGGGAGACAUCACUCCAAGAAAUCCACAAGCUGGCCUUCCUCUUCCCGUUCAGGAAGGCCAAGCAACCAAAUAUUUUUCCAACUCUAGGCCGUCGAUGUGCUCCUCCAGGGUCCGGACUCGCCACUCCAGAGCCUGGACGACUCGGCAGCAGUCCCAGGCCGCGGCCCAUUGCUCCACCCUUCCGACGCGCUGCUCGAGUUUUUCAAUCUCUCGGUCAUGCUUCUGCAGCAUGACCGUGAGAUCAACUCCCACCUGGACUGGGUCUCUUCGAUAAAUGCGUCAGUCUUCUCCUGGAGUUUGACGAUCUCGGAGAUCAGGUUCACCUCUGCAGUGGCUCAACGGGUUCUCAAUGUGGGAAAUCAUGUUCUUGGAAUUGCUGGGAAGCAUUACAAAUUAAAAGUAGAAUCAGCUUGUUCUGAGAUCAAAGUUGAUCAGAUCAUCUGUCAUAUUUCUAUGACAAUAGAUUAUGGAAAACUUCUCGGUGGAAAAAGAUUAAUGAAAUAUUUGCAGAAGAAACAUAGUAACGUCCAGUUUAGUUUUGAUCAGAAGGCAGAUAAGUGCAAUGUUGCUGGAAACUUUUCUCAAAUACAGGAACUAAGUGGAGAAAUUCAUCAUUUGCUCAGUUUAAAACCCAACCAAACCAACAGUGGCUUUCAUGAAGCUGAGCAACUCCAAUAUGAUCACUCAGAAAACAGUGCCAUGGGUCAUUCAGACAGUAUCAGAAAACUUGCUAGGAAAUUAAGUAUAGACCCCAGUGUCCAGGAGGCGAUUCUAGAAUUACAAUCUAAAAAUGGUGUACAAGACUCUGACAAUGACAAUGUUAAAAGAGACGUCAACUUUCAACAAGGCAGAGAGCAACAUACAGGGAAUAUUGAAGAUUACAUUUUAAUGAUGGAUUCUGAUAUUUACAAAUAUAUUCAGAAAUUUUAUAAAGACAGCUAUGAAAAUAUUCUUUGUCAGUACCAUGUAAAGGUGUUGGAUGUUACCAGUGAAGACAUCACCACCUUGAUUUUGCAAGAGACUUCUGACUGUUCGGACAGCAAGCUAUCAGUGUUCCAAGCACAUCAAGACCUUUCUAAACUCUAUCAGAGCUUUGAGUUUAAGCUUCGUAAGGAACAGAUUUACAAAAAUGAUAUAACUUCAAAUGUGUCUCUCCUUCAGACCAUCUGUGCAAGCCUCCAGGUACAAUUCCCUAAAAUAAAUUUAAGUGAAAAUGAAAACUAUUUGUACCUAAUAGGCACGUCAGAUGAUUGCUCCCUGGCUAAGAAGUACUUACAAGACUGCAAGGAAGAAUUUUCAGCAAAAUCUCAAAACAGUAAGCAUCCAGCUUCGAGGAGAGAUUCAGAAAGUGAUCAGACUAGUGUCAGCAGUAUACCACCGUCUCUGCAGGAAUUCGAUGGUAAUGAUGUGUUUGUGCAAGCGGGAAUCCGAAAGGCAGACGUCAGAAAAGAUCAUAAAUUGGCUCCAACCUUCAAUGGUAUAAGGGAAAACAUUGGUCCUUUGAAGACAGGGAGCAGACUAGCUGAAGAUGACCUCACUCUAGAACCUGAGCAGACAUGUUCAACUGAUAACUUACUGACAAGCCACAGUAUUGAGAUUAGUCAACAUGAUAACAAGCAUCACUCGACUUCAGAAACUUGGCAAAAACUGAAGCACCGCAUUAGUGACAAUCAGAUGUUUACUUCUGCUGACCAAACAUUAACAAGUCCAACAGGAGAGUUUAUUGAACAUAAAAGAACAGGGGAAGAUUCUGUUACUAAGAUGGUCAAAGACUUAUCAGUAUUAAGUGUUCAGUCCAAGGAUCUUAAGAGUCCUGACAAAGCAGGUGAUAACUAUCUGUCCAAGGGACAUGAAAGCUCUUCCAUCGUUGGUACAAAUAAAGGGGACAAGUUUUUCCAGUACUCCAAGAGUAACAAAACCUGUGGUCCUAUCAAGCCAUAUCAUUUUGAAACAUCAGCUGGCACCCUCUUCCAUCAGGGAGACCUGCUAGGCAACAUGCAGACACUCCACUCUUUGACUUCCAAAGGUUCAGAUGUUCAUUCAUCCAAACCAUUACUGAGAAGGACCAGUAGCUCUUCAGAAUUAGUAAAAUUGAGGCAUUCCAGAGACAUGAGCAACAAUUUCCAGGGCAUAGUCAAAAGCAAACCUGUCGAACAAGAACAUAUCACUGAAGAGAUCCCAAUGGAGUCGGGUGUGUGGUCUUACCUGAAAGACAUUCAUGCUUCUUUCAUUAGAAGUAUCAGCAGUAAAGCUGACGUUGUGAUAAAUGAGCAGACCCAGGGAGAUAUAACAACGGUGCACAUUACUGGAGUUAAAAAAGCGAAUAUCAUUGCUGUCAAGCAGGAAAUUUUGUCACUUUACACAUCGGGAAUGAAGAAUUUGAUUCAACAGUUUCUUUCAUAUGCAGAUCUUGGAAUUGAGCAGAGCAAUCAGAAAGCAGUAGAUCAGUGGUAUAGCAGUCUGAAAAAUAACUUUGCAAAAGUAAAAUUCAUUAGAGGACAGACAGGUUUCAAAAUUAUUGCCCCAUAUGAACAAUGCAUGAAAGUUAUAGAAACUUUUAAACUCAAGUUAAAAGAUCCAUUCUCCUCGACAGAUGUCUCCUUUGCAGCUUCUAAUCCAUACUCGUUCAUUGAUACAGAGACAUUCAAAGACACAGAGGGAAAGGUUCCCAGCAAAUUUACAGAACAUGCUUUAUUAUUGGGUCAGAGUCAUCAUGGUCGUAGGACUCCAGUGUACCACAUGGAUGAGACCAGCUUGAAAAAAGGUGAGAAACCAAAGGAAGAGUAUUCUUCGUUAGAGUCAGAUCGAGAACUUAUUGAAACUUUGGGUCACAGGAAGGUAGCUGGAAAUCCGAGCAAGAACUAUAAUUCCCAGCCAGGUGUGGAAGAGGAGGAGGAGAGUCUGAAGAAGCAUUCAAUUGAGCACAAUGGCACUGGGUCAAAUUCAAGGCAGGAACACAAUCCAAUUCCAGAUCAGAAGAAAUCACCAAAGCUUUUUGAAGAAUACAGUAGUUUUUCAUUUCUUCAUGAUGUGGGUAAUUCUAAAAGCCAGAAGGUGAGCAAGCAGAUUGGAGAGGGAGAGGGAAUCAAGGCAAAGAAGAUGCUACCUGAUAAGUUCCAGAUUACAGCCAACAAGCUGGUGAAGGAAAGCCAUUGGCACAAUAGAGAUGGCUUGCAUUGCAAUAGACUGGAGAGUGGCAUACAGUCAUUACCAGUAUUUUCUUACAGUAGUACGUCAGUGCUGCAACAAAAUAGGGAUGGAUCAAAUACCUGUGAAGCGGCUACAGAUUCAGGAGUCCGAAUGCAAGAUGCGUCCACACAGCAGCAAGAUAACAACAGCAUGACAACAUCACAGGAAAGGAUGUCGAGAAAUUCUCAGCAGAUUCAACUCAGAAGUCCAGCCAUUGGACUGGAUGCACAAGAACUAAACAAAUCAGCCACAUCUUGCUCUGCCUGUAAGAAAACUGGUUGCCACGUAAGGCUGGCCUGUAAUCAUGGUUUGUGUAAGGAAUGUUACAGAAUCUCUGAAUCAUCUUAUCCAGUAUGUCACCAAACCGUACCUUCAAUUAAAAAUGAAAACCAGUGUCUGGGGACCAUGGAAUUGGCAUAUCUGAACAUUUCUUUACCUGGAUUUAUUAGAGACCUGACCUUGAAAAUAACCUAUGACAUUCCUAGUGGUAUUCAAAGGGAAUGCGAUCCAAACCCAGGACAACCUUUUGAAGGUGGUUCCUUUCAGGCCUUUUUGCCAGAUAAUGCUAAAGGCAGAAAGAUCUUAAAGUUGUUAAAGGAAGCCUUUGCUAGAGGCCUGACCUUCAAAAUCGUAUCCGUUCCCUCAGGAUUGGCUCGGGUGACAUGGAAUGAUAUCCCUCACAAAACGAAGACAACUGGAGGAGUGUCUCAGCAAGGUUAUCCAGACUCCAAUUAUUUCAAGAAUAUUUUGGCAGCUUUGGAGAGCCAUGGUAUUCAAAUGAAGUCUGAAUUAUAAUGUCAAAUCAGUGGAAGCAGCUUUAAUGUACAUAUUUUAUUAUAUGCUUAUUUCAAUUAUUUUUUAAAACCAAAAAGGUCAAGAUAAAUAAGAUAUUAAAGAAAGCAAGUCUCAACUCACGUGGAGGAAAUCUGCAACAACAAAAAAUGUAUUUGCGUCACACUUUUUUUGCUGAAAUUGUUAAGGAGUCUCAUUUUUUGGAUUCAAGAAUUAGCUUCAGUGUCAAUCCCAGUAAUUUGUAGUUUACACAUUUGCAAUGACAGAUUUUACUGCAAAAUCUGGACUGUAAAUACUUUUAAUAUUAGCAAUAUUCUAUCGUACGUGUAUGAAAUUAUGAAUCAAGAAUCUAACAGUGACCAUGAAAUCAUUGUCAAUUGUGGGAAAAACUCAACUCGUUCACUGAUGUUCUUUAGGAUGGAAAUCUGCCCUCACCACCAGCUCUGGCCCGCAGGCAACCCCAGACCAACGGAAAUGUGGUCGAUUCUUAGCUGCCCUUUGGACAGUGAAGGAUGGGCAAUAAAUGCUGGCCUUUAUUCAGUGAAAAAUUUUUUUUUAAUGCACAAAGGUACAAAUUAGACAGUAAGUUUGGAUGCUACACCAAGAGAAAUAUUUAAGCAAGCAGUCAACCUGAUGAUACAUGUGACAUGGAAACCAAUGUUGUGACCAAAGAAUCAUUUUGGAACAUAAUCAUUUAAAUCAGUCUGCAAUCAGCAAAGCAAUGGUGUUUGCCUGUCAAGAUUAGUAAGCUGUGCAAUAGAAGGAUUUCUUUUGAUCAUUCAUCUGAAGCGGUUUCCAACUUAAGAGGACCUCCAGCAGUGGUCUUAGUCCAGAACAAGAAACAAAAAUUAUAUUAAACCAGGAAUAAGUGAAGGAAACAUCAGUGUGUGUAAAAACUGACAUUAAACAUAUACACUCAAAUGUGAAAUUGAGAAAUUUUACAUCCCACAAAUAAAAUUAGCUUUGUGGAUCCAGAGAGGUUUUCUGUAGUAAUUCUGUUGUACAACCCUCAUUAAAACCCAGUUACACCUCAUACAGCAAGAAACAAUUAAGUAGAGAGAUUAAUAGCAUAAGAAAAGGAGCAAAAUCGUCAGUUCAAAUGAUUUCUAAUGGAUUGCCCAUCUGAAGUCACCACAACCUUGGGAGAAGUACUGUAGAUUAAUUGACAGCAACUGUUGGAUUUCAGUGUUUCAUUGCACCAGUGGAUUGCAGAAGUUGUUAGUUUCAAAAAUUGUAAUUAAUUAAAUCGAUAAAUGCCA